UUAAACGAAAGAUGAUUUACACAUAAAACAAACAAAUCCAAUAAUAAUUAUUCCUCAAUAAUUUUGACGGUAAGAUAGUUUUGUGUAUAUAGUGUAAACAUCGUUUGUGCUCAUGUCAAAUACCAUCUAUAAAGGCCAGAACAUUUUUAUUAGAAUUAUCAGUUAAUCAACUGAAUUACUUGAUUAAUACACUUCCAGUUCCUCUCCCGAAAUCAAAAAUGUUUUGUAAAGUAUUUGUACUUGCUCUCAUUGUAGCUGUUGCUGUUGCAUCACAAACUGCUGAAGAAGCAUGGCCAAAAUACAAGACUGAUUACAAUAGGAACUACGACGCUCAGGAAGAUGCUACAAGAUUCGCCAUUUUCAAGACUAACUACGACCAGAUCGAAGCACACAACAAAAAGUUCGAAGCUGGUGAAGUAACAUGGUCCAUGGGAUUGAACCAAUUCGCUGACAGGACCUUAGAAGAACUAAAACAUCUUCAUGGAGUUAGACCUCCAGUAGGUGCUACUGGAGUACAUUAAAUUAGUUAUUAAUAAAUAUUUGAAGAUGUUUCUAAAAUAAAGUUAUAUCUUUGAAA